UUGAUUGUAUACACCUGUGUCCAUGGAGGGGAUUGGGGCACCUGAAUCACAUGAUAUGGAGGGGAUUGGAACACCUGAAUCACAUGAUUGGGAGGGGAUUGGAACACCUGAAUCACAUGAUUGGGAGGGGAUUGGAACACCUGAAUCACAUGUUUGGGAGGGGAUUGGAACACCUGAAUCACAUGAUAUGGAGGGGAUUGGAACACCUGAAUCACAUGAUAGGGAGGGGAUUGGAACACCUGAAUCACAUGUUUGGGAGGGGAUUGGAACACCUGAAUCACAUGAUAUGGAGGGGAUUGGAAUGCCUGAAUCACAUGAUUGGGAGGGGAUUGGAACGCCUGAAUCACAUGAUAUGGAGGGAAUUGGAACACCUGAAUCACAUGAUUGGGAGGGGAUUGGAACACCUGAGUCACAUGAUUGGGAGGGGAUUGGAACACCUGAAUCACAUGAUAUGGAGGGGAUUGGAACACCUGAAUCACAUGAUAUGGAGGGGAUUGGAACACCUGAAUCACAUGAUAUGGAGGAGAUUGGAACACCUGAAUCACAUGAUAUGGAGGGGAUUGGAACACCUGAAUCACAUGAUAUGGAGGGGAUUGGAACAUCUGAAUCACAUGAUAUGGAGGGGAUUGGAACACCUGAAUCACAUGAUAUGGAGGAGAUUGGAACACCUGAAUCACAUGAUAUGGAGGGG